AUGGUCGUUAUCUCAAGGAAAGAGACUACAAUUAUCGGCAAGACAAUCUCGUACCUGGAAGCUGGGCCUCAAGAUGGUACACUGGUAAUCUUUGUUCAUGGUUGGCCCGCAGUUGCUGAGAUUUGGAAACCACAAAUUACCACCUUCGCUGGUCUAGGCUUCCGUGUAGUGGCUCCAGAUCUGCCUGGCUUUGGAAAAUCCUUCAAGUCUGAUGACAAGACAGAAUUCUCCCUCAAAGCCAUCAAUACAAUUCUGUUGAGGUUUCUCGAGAGACAUCUCGGCCGUAGCCAGGCAAUAUGGAUCGGGCAUGACUGGGGUGCUGGCGUUGUUUGGUCUUUUCUAUCUCACUACCCAGAGAAUUGUCUUGGUGUUGCGAAUAUGUGCAUUGCGUACCGAACGAUCGAAUGCGGCGUCCAAGAAGGCUUGAUCAAAUAUGCAGAUCGCGCGCUGUACCCGGAAGACCAAUUUCCGAACGCUCAAUGGGAUUAUAUGGUGUACUAUCAAGAUGAGAAGAACUUCGACAAAGCCAUCGCAGAUUUCGAAAGAGAUAUCCCGAACUUCUUCCGCGCAGUCUAUCGAAAGGGCGAUCCGGAGACUCUCAACAAACCCACUUUCACAGCAUUUGUGACGAAGAACAAUGGGUGGUUUGGCGAGGCAGGCAAUCCGCCCGAACUGCCUCUCGAUACUGACGUCCUUGAUGAAGAAAUGCACGGAAAGCUGGUAGAAGCGUUUAAGGAGGGAGGCUUCCGAUCUCCUACCUCUUACUACCUCAACAUGGAGGACAAUGCACAGUAUACUGAGGAUUGGCAGAUCAAUGAGGGCUUGGUUAAUAUUCCUGUUCUCUUUAUUGGUGCCGAGUAUGAUUCAGUCGCAACGACAGCAGGGAAGACCAAGCUGUCGGAGCCUAUGAGGAGUUUUUGCCGUAAAUACACCCAGGUCAACAUCGCUGGUGGACAUUGGAUAGCACAAGAGAAACCGAAUGAAGUCAACGCAGCAAUUGUAAGGUGGAUCGCAACGGUACUCCCGCCCUCGCUCUGGCCCGCUCCCCAACCGAUAUCGUUAGUAACGACCAGUCUUCCACUCAGAUAG